AACGUUUGUUAUGGAAGAUGUCAUUUGCGAGAAGUGCAAUGAUAAGUGCGUCAAAGUCAAGAUCGUUGAACGUGGCUAGGGCAUCCUACCUCCUCUUCAACAACAUCCGUGCAAGCCAACAAUUAAAGAGCUGUCAACAAAUAUCCCAGCCCAUCUAUACUGCUGGGAUUCAGCGCUUUAACAGCACCUUGGCCCAGGAAACCCCUGUGUUUUCAGGUCCAUCUGAAGAUAAAGUAAAUCUCACUGAAUCAUGUGUUAAGAGACUCAAGGAGAUAAUGGGGAAGGGAGAAUACCUCAGGAUUCAUGUGGAGGGAGGAGGCUGCUCUGGAUUCCAAUACAAAUUUUCUGUUGAUGGUAAUAGAAAUGAAGAUGACAGGGUGUUUGAGCAAGGAGGAGUGGGGGUUAUCGUGGACCAAGACAGCUUGGAGUUUGUGAAAGGAGCCACCCUGGACUUCAGCCAAGAGCUAAUCCGCUCGUCUUUUCUUGUACUGAAGAAUCCCCAAGCUGAUCAUGGCUGCUCCUGCGGUAGCUCAUUCUCUGUCAAAUUAUGAGGGUUUCCUCACCCUUUUCAUCACUCACGGUGUUAAUAGUAUAGUGGUUAUCUUAAAUAUUAAAAAUUCUUCGUGUCAUGUGCACUUGAGAUAUUUAACAAUUAACUAGUAAACCUCAUCUAGUGGCAAGGCAAUCUAUAACUGAUGGAAUUUUCUGUUUCAAAGUGUGAUUUAGUUUGGUUACACGUUAUUUAACCGUAAUGGAAGCCAAGGAUAUUGAUUGAAGCUUGUGCUUGGAUUUUCAUUAUUCUGCAGACAAUAAUUGUCAACAAUGCUCAUUGAUGAUUGAGUUCCAAACAUGCAGCAUUGGUCAGUGAUGUACAGUGGUGCUUGAAAGUUUGUUAACCCUUUACAAUUUUCUAUAUUUCUGCAUAAAUGACCUAAAACAUCAUCAGAUUUUCACACAAGUCCUAAAAGUAAGAAGAGAAAGAGAACCCAAUUAAACAAAUGAGACAAAAAUAUUAUACUUGGUCAUUUAUUUAUUGAGGAAAAUGAUCCAAUAUUACAUAUCUGUGAGUGGCAAAAGUAUGUGACCCCCCCCCCCCAUUGUGCAGCAACAACUGCAACUAAACGUGUCUGGUAACUGUCGAUCAGUCCUGCACAUCGGCUUGGAGGAAUUUUAGCCCAUUCCUCUGUACAGAACAGCUUCAACUCUGGGAUGUUGGUGGGUUUCCUCACAUGAACUGCUUGCUUCAGGUCCUCCCACAACAUUUCGAUUGGAUUAAGGUCAGGACUUUGACUUGGCCAUUCCACAACAUUGACUUUACUCUUUAACCAUUCUUUGGUAGAACGACUUGUGUGCUUAGGGUCGUUGUCUUGCUGCAUGACCCACAUUCUCUUGAGAUUCAGUUCACGGACAGAUGUCCUGACAUUUUCCUUAAGAAUUCGCUGGUAUAAUUCAGAAUUCAUUAUUCCAUCAACGAUGGCAAGCUAUCCUGGCCCAGAUGCAGCAAAAUAGGCCCAAACCAUGAUACUACCACCACCAUGUUUCACAGAUGGGAUAAGGUUCUUAUGCAGUGUUUUCCUUUCUCCAAACAUAACGCAAAAAUCUAUUUUGGUCUCAUCCGUCCACAAAAUGUUUUUCCAAUAGCCUUCUGGCUUGUCCAUGUGAUCUUUAGCAAACUGCAGAUGGGCAACAAUGUUCUUUUUGGAGAGCAGUGGCUUUCCCCAUGCACACCAUUGUUGUUCAAUGUUCUCCUGAUGAUGAACUCGUGAACAUUUAACAUUAGCCAAUGUGAGAGAGGCCUUUAGUUGCUUAGGAGUUACCCUGGGUUCUUUUGUGACCUGGCCAACUAUUACACGCCUUGCUCUUGGAGUGAUCUUUGAUGGUCGACCACUCCUGGGGAGGGUAACAAUGGUCUUGAAUUUCCUCCAUUUGUACACAAUCUGUCUGACUGUGGAUUGGUGGAGUCCAAACUCUUUUUUAGAGAUGGUUUUGUAACCUUUUCCAGCCUGAUGAGCAUCAACAAUGCUUUUUCUGAGGUCCUCAGAAAUCUCCAAACAUGUAUGGUGAAGAUCAGACUUUGAUAGAUCCCUGUUCUUUAAAUAAAACGGGGCACCCACUCACUCCUGAUUGUCAUCCCAUUGACUGAAAACGCCUGACUCUAAUUUCACCUUCAAAUUAACUGCUAAUCCUAGAGGUUCACAUACUUUUGCCACUCAUAGAUAUAUAGUAUUAGAUCAUUUUCCUCAAUAAAUAAAUGAUCAAGUGUAAUGUUUUUGUCCCAUUUGUUUAAUUGGGAUCUCUUUAUCUACUUUUAGGACUUGUGUGAAAAUCUGAUGAUGUUUUAGGUUAUAUUUAUGCAGAAAUAUAGAAAAUUCUAAAGGGUUCACAAACUUUCAAGCACCACUAUAUGUAAACAAAAUCUGCUUUGCAGUGAUUUUUUUUGAGUAUUUCAUUCCUGUAAUUGUCUUUGUGUGUAAAAAAUGUAAAUAGACCAUAUCUAUAAAUAUAAAGUGCAAAGUAA